AUGCGGCUGCAUUUCGUCAAUCCGCCACUGCGCCAGGACGCAGACGUUCGGUGCAUUGUUGCCCUGGUCGAGCUACACCCACGCUGCGCGCGCCAGGGCUGCAGCGGUUAUCAGGCCAUGGGCUACAAUAACGAGCCCGUCGUGCUGCAGCGCCCCUGGGUUCUCCCUCCAAAGGCUGCGCCAUUGCUGUACAAGCCGCCCCCGCUGGCAGAGUUAGAGCUUUCACCUGGCAUCGUGGUCCGCAUUGGGACAUCCACCUGCGAGAUUACCGAGGCAUUGGGUAUGGGCUCCUUCGGCGUGGUAUGGGCCGCAAAGUGCAACAAGGAACCAUGCCAGGAGGUUGCGGUGAAGGAGAUGAUUUGCCGUUCUUCCGCAGAUUUCCAGCGGGCGGAAUACGAGAUCGCGCUGCUGAAAGAGUUAUCUGCGAUCGUGCCUUCAUGCCCACUGCGAAUUCCGAGCUACGUUGCUUCGGACUCGAAACCCCUUGCUGAUGGCACCACACGAGUGCGCCUGGCCAUGAGCCGACUUCCGGGGAUUCCCCUGGACACGUACGUUGCCGAGCCGCCUGAGGUCGAAAACCGACUUCGCACAGCGGUGGCAUUUGCACGAGCCCUCGUUGAGCAGCUUGCGCCAACGAUGGCUUCGCUUUCCUCGGUGGCAUACCACCGCGAUGUUAAUGCACACAACAUCCUUGUGGAUGUGGACGCUGCCGGCAUUCCCACGCACUCCUUGGUAGACUUCGGCUUGGCGGUGAAUGCGUCUACUUGGAUGGAUCCCUCCCCAAAGAAUCCGGGGGGCAAGAGCGAAUGGGAAUUCUUGGAUGUGGGCGGCGACUGCCGGUACUGGCCCGUCUCGGCCUGGCGCCAGUUCGAGGCUGGCUGCAGGGCUUUGUCGGAGGCACCAGCCCUUUGCGCAGAAUACCAAACUCACCUGGACCUGCAGGGACUUGGGCUGACUGUGCUCCAGGUGCUCGUGGCGAUGCUUCCAGAAGAGGGCCUUGUGCUGCGAGAGCUACGCACGUUGCAGGACGCAUGGACCCAGUACUGGGACGAUGCCACGGAGUUCUGGUCCGCACUGCUCAAUACUUUCCGUCAUGGGGGAGAUUGGUCCGUGCUGAAGCAGGAGUUUGUGGCUCGCGGCGUCCACCGGAUAAUGGCCCAGAGGCUCAAGAAGUUGCACGACGCCCUCAACACCGCACUGAGCGCGGCCGCCGCGGCAAACCUCGACGAGGAAGGCACCAGCGAUUGGCCUCACGGCUCUGCAGGCCUGCUGUGGGCUCUGCUAGCCAUGGUCAGCUACGGCGAAGAGAGAACUGAGCCAGCCCACUGGGGGGAGGUCACCAUGCGUCUAG